AUGACGACUCUCACGAUCCUCUCAGACGAGGAGGCCAAGGCCCCUCUCAUCUCCUUGAACCCCACCCACACAAUCGCCGAUAUCGACCCUUUGAUCUAUGGAGGUUUCACUGAGCACAUGGGUCGUUGCAUCUACGGCGGCAUCUAUGACCCGGAUAACAAGAACGGCCUGAUCGACGAGAAAGGGUACCGGAAGGAUGUAAUCGAGAGCUUUCACGAGCUGAAGGUUCCCGUGGUGCGGUACCCGGGCGGUAACUUUGUCGCAACUUACCGCUGGCAGGAUGGCAUUGGUCCCAGGGAGAACCGGCCCAAGAGGCCGGAGUUGGCGUGGAAUGGAAUCGAGUCAAACCAGUUUGGCACCGAUGAGUUCAUGGAGUGGUGCAAACUCGUGAAAACGGAGCCAUACCUCUGCCUGAACAUGGGUACUGGAACUCUUGAGGACGCACUGGCUUGGCUGGAGUACUGCAAUGGUGACAAGGACACUUACUAUGCCAACUUGAGAAGGAAGAACGGUCACGCGGAGCCGUAUAACGUGAAGUACUGGGCUCUGGGUAAUGAAGUCUGGGGUCCUUGGCAGGUUGAACAAAACCUCAAAGAGGAUUAUGCGAAGAAGGCUAUCCAGUGGGCCAAGGCUUUGAAACUUCUCGAUCCGUCCAUCAAGUUGAUUCUGUGUGGUCGUGACGGCUGCUCCGACUGGGACCGCUAUGUGCUGCAGGAGUGCUCACGCUACAUCGACAUGCACUCUAUCCAUUUUUACCAUGGCGACUCCAGUCACUAUCCUAACAUUUCAGGCCCCUAUGCCGCAGAACGUGCUAUUCAGAUCACUUCAGCGCUAAUCGACCUCGCCCGAUGCGAGAUCGAUCUGACUCCCUUCCCAGAUUUCAGCAAAAUCAGCACUGGGCCGCGAACUGCCCACAGGCCGACAAUUUGCUUCGAUGAAUGGAAUGUAUGGGACUCGGAAAGGGCACCUGGAGACAAAGGUGCCGAGGAGCUCUACAACCUGUCGGACGCGCUGGCUGUGGCCAUCUGGCUGAACAUCUUUAUUCGCAAUGCCAAGGAUCUCGGCAUGGCUACCAUAGCGCAGAGCGUCAACGUCAUCUCACCCUUGAUGACCUCGCCGACCGGCAUCUGCAAGCAAACUACCUACUGGCCUCUGCUUCUGUUCAUGAAGUACAUGCAUGGAAAGUCGGUCGCGGUCCAUGUUCGCACCGGGGCGUAUAAGGGCAAGACAAACCCAGAGUGGAUCGAGAGCACGUGCACUGUACCCAAACUCGACGUCAGCGCAGCCGUAAAUGGGGAGUGGAUGAAUGUUGCAGUGGUCAAUGUCGACGAAGAGAAUAGUUUUGAAACGGAACUGUCCGGUGUGGCACCAGCAUCCGGAGACAUACAGGUCUUCAAAGUCGGCGGUGAAAGCUACAGUUUGAAGGACGUUAAUAAGGAGGGCAAUGAGACCAUCAAGAUCAUGGAAACCAGAGUCAAGGGAGAGGAAACCAAGAAGUUCGUAUUCGAAAGGCACAGUUUCACUUUGUUGCGGUGGAAAGUCUGA